AGCAGAGAAAUGGCGCUGGUGGAUCACGAUUCCUGGGACAUCGAGUACGAGGGCUGCGAGCGACUGCGCCAUCAGCUGCUGGUGUACCUCAACCAGCGGCAGCAGCUCAAUCAGAAGACGAGCCAGUUCGUCCAACUGACGAGCAGCAUACAGACGGGAAUUGAACAGCUGUCCAAGGACGUGAAGCACCUCAAGGUGGUGCUGGACAACGCCAUCACCUGGGAGACGAGCACGGAGGAGGAGCUGCAGCAGCGCCGCAUCGACUGGGACAGACUCACUUCGCAGCUGCGCGAGAUCCGCGAGAAGUUCGCAAACAGCAGCCGCUCCAAUGUCCCGGCGGCAUCCGUCUCUGCUUGGCAGGAUCAGGAUCUCGGGCCGGGUCACAGCAAUUCCUCGCGGAACACCGCUUUGGAUGUGGAGGCUCUGAAGCAGAAAAAGACCGAGAUGCUGGCGCAGCAGAACGAAGGGCUCGAGGUUCUAUCAGCCACAUUGUCCAGACAGCGCCAACUGGCCACACAGCUGGGCAACGAGGUGGAGGACCAGAACAAUAUCCUUGACAACUUGGCCAAUGCCAUGGACCGUGUGGAAACGGGUGUGCAGCGGGAAACACAGAGCAUUGGACAGGUUAACCGGCGGGACAGUACCUGGGGCUACUGGCUCGUCAUCAUAGCCUUGUUCGUCGCCAUCAUCGUUGUGAUCUUCGUCUAGCUCCCACGAUCCAUUCCAGUUGUUAUACUACUUUAUACAAUGACCUGCGUGGAAUGUCUAUCUGUCGUUAACCCAAAGUUUGAUUAUUUAUGUAUACACCAAUUAAAGUAGGAUUUAUAAGUAUUUA